CACCGGACUGUAAACAAAGAAAAUGGCGGCGGUUUGAUGGUGUUUCAGAUGGAAGGUGAAAGCUCGUGUCGCUGAUAAAGAAGCUGCUGGAUGCUGAUCCCUGAGCAGCAGUGAAAUCAUGGUGCUGAAGAUCUUCUUCCCACAAUGCUGCAACCGGGCAGACAGCGGGCUGCUGAUCGGCCGCUGGAUCACAGGACAGGACUCAGCCAUAGUGCUGGCGGUCAUCCACUACCCGUUCAUCCCUGGACAGGUCAAACAGUACAUCCAGCAGAUGCAGGCUCAGAGUGGGGUGGAGCUGUCGGUGCUGGGAUCCUGGAGUUUACCCAAAGACGGUCAGGACGAGAUGGAGAACUUCCUCAAAGACCUGAGCACCAUCUUCCCACAGGAGCGCUGGCUCCAGAUCAGCCGCCAGAUGGGCAAGACAGGCUUCACCUGCGAGGUCCUCUGCCGCAGUCAAAGAGGAGCAGCAGCUCCGCAGAAGGUUUCAGAGAAGAAGGACGGUGAGAAGCACGAGGAGGAGAAGGUGAUCUUUGUCCACUAUGAUCAGAUGAAGGUGAUGCUGUCGCAGCUUCACCCCGUCGAGAACGGAGUCCCCGACCCAAAAACUGAUCCUCCAUCUGAGCUAAGACAGGUGUUCCAGACGGUGGCCAGCAGCCGGCCGCUCUUCUUCCUGGACCGAUACGACGACGGGCCGCUGAAGACGACACACUGGCAGUCCGAGGGCCGAGAGGCCAGCAUCAUCGUGGAGCUGCUCAAACAGGCCUCGGUGCCGCUCUGCCUGCUGCUCCGCUGGCUGCUGGCACUGUGGGCGUGGCUCUGCAACGCCCGCGUCUUCAGCUUGUUCCCGCUCCGUGUUGUGGGCAGUAAAAUGUCCACGUGCGUCCAGCUGAGCUACAGAACCGAACACAUGCGGACGCUCAGCUCGGCCGCGCCAGCCGCCGGACACGAUCAGUUCAUGAGGAAAGCGAAUAUCUUGGUGUCGUUCCUGGUGGACACGGCUCUCGGCUGGUUACUCAUCUGGUGGCUCUACAGAGACGAUCACAUCACCAUGCUGGCUCACACACUGAUGCCAGCGGCAGAUCACGUGGCUAAAGAGCUGCAGGAGCUGCUGCAGUGGCUGAUGGGAGCUCCUGCAGGGCUGAAGAUGAACCGGGCCCUGGACCAGGUUCUGGGACGCUUCUUCCUCUAUCACAUUCACCUGUGGAUCAGCUACAUCCACCUGAUGUCUCCCUUCGUCGAGGGCAUCCUCUGGUACGGUGGCCUGUCAGCCAGCCUGGGCCUGACCUUUGCCCUCUCGCUGUUCUCUGACAUGGUGGCGCUGCUCACCUUCCACAUCUACUGCUUCUACGUGUACGGAGCCAGGCUCUACUGUCUGAAGAUCUACGGCCUCUCGUCUCUCUGGAGACUCUUCAGAGGGAAGAAGUGGAACGUUCUGAGGCAAAGAGUGGACUCCUGCUCCUACGACCUGGACCAGCUCUUCAUCGGGACGCUGCUGUUCACCAUCCUGCUCUUCCUGCUUCCCACCACAGCCCUUUACUACCUGGUCUUCACUCUGUUGCGUCUGGGCGUGGUGCUUUUCCAGGGCGUCCUCCACCUCAGUGUAGACUUCAUCAACUCCUUCCCACUGUUCGCCGUGAGCCUCCGCGUGUGUCGCUCGUACAGACUGGCAGAAGGUGUAAAGUUCCGGGUGCUGUGUGAAGAACCUGGGACGGCUCUGCACCUGCUGAUGGAGAUCAACCCUCUGCCGUGCGGCUCAGUGGUCCAGACGUAUCGCACUCCCACCUACAGCUGCUACCCCAAAGACUCGUGGGCAGCGCUGGUCAAGAAGCUGUUUGUCGGGGAGCUGAUUUACCCCUGGAGACGCAAAACCUCCAAGACUGACUGAGAGACAGCAGCCAGCAAAUGUAAGACGGAGAGGAGGGGAGGGAGGACAGGGACACAGAUGGAGGACGAGGAGAAAGAGUGAAGCCUUUACACACUCAAAACUGCCAAAACACUGCACUUGUAAUAAUUGUCUUUCACAUCACAACAAUGUGGCCACAGGCUCAAACAACAGGAAGUCCUGUCAUAGACUGUCUAUAAAAGUGGACGUAGUCUUGUCUUUCAGUUGCAAAACAAACCAUUUCGAAGCCUCGAGAUUCUUGAUUUGCUCGGCGACAUGGCAGUUUUU